GGUUUUAUAUUUAGUUAUUUUCGUUUUGUUUCUACAUUAAAUUAAAUUAUAUUAUUAUUUAUAUUGGGUUAAUUUAUUCCAUAUUAUUUACUUUCUAUCAAUUCCCAUUUAAAUGUGUUUAUUUAUUCAUUUCGAUCCAUAUUUAUUUAUAUUCUAUUUAUUUUAAUUUAUUAUUGUGUUUAAUGUUCAUUUUAUCGUUGUUGCACUGUUCACGUUAUCUAUCUUUCGAUGCUUUCUGUGCCUAUGUCGAUCAUAAGCAUAACAAAGCAUUCGAUAGGGAAUGAGUGUUUUUUAUUUUGCUUUGAUCUCUAACGAGAGUUAGAAACCAAAAGCAUCAAUACAUAUAAAUGUUUGUACAUAUGUGCAUGCAUGCCUAUUUGAGCAUAUACAUAUGUACAUUAUCUGUUGUCUCGUCCUCUUCGUCUGUCUGUUUUUUGUUCAAUAAAUAUUGUACUUCGAAACAUUGAACCACCAACUUCUUUUAAUUUUUUUCGCUCCCUUUUUUGGACUUCGGUUUUACACUGCCCAAGAAUCUUUCUGCAGUGCGGGUUUAUUUAAAUAAAAUAAUUAGAACUCCCUGCCGGUCAAGAAAACUCUCUUGAUCGUACAUUUUGGCGACCGUGACAGGACAGUGUAAAAUUUGUCGCAAAUUAUAUCGUUUUUUGUGGAUUUUUUGGAAACUAAUUUUCUAAAAAAUAUUUUUGGCCCAAGCCAGGUGAAACAAACAUUGUUGUUGUGAUCAAAUUACAUCAAUAAUUCUCGUGGUUAUUCUUUGCAACCAAUUUAUCGUGAAAAAUAAACAUUCUGUCUCAGUUUAUUGAGCAUAAAAAAUUAGAAACAGAAAACAUUAUUUCUCGUGGUUAUCGUUGAAAAAUAAUAUAACAAUUAUUUAACAUACUGUACUGGUCCAAGCCAUACGUAUACAGUGUUGUUGUGAUCAUUGAAACUGUCUAACUUUAAUAAAAUCAAACAAAUUGUCGUUUUGGGGCAAUUUAAAUAAAUAUUUGUAUACGACAAAAUUUCGUGGUUCUUCUUUAUAAAAAUAAAACAAAAAAAAAAAACUUUUUCAAAGAAAAAUUGCACUGGCUCUACGUUAUACAUAUGCAAAACAUUGUUGUUGUGCGGAUUUUAAGCAAACCAAAGCAAUUUAUGUUGUGAACUGUAUGCAAAGAAUCUGUGUCAAUCGAAGGUUAAAAUUGCGUAAAACAAACUAAAUAAUUUUGUGCAAUUAUAAACAAUAAUACAAAACUCAAAAGAGUUCGAACACAUUGUCGUUGGUCGAUAUUUAUCAAAUCGACAAAAAUAUUAAGUUGCAAGGUUAGAUAACCUAAAACCUGUGUGAUUUUGUCGUAAUAUUUUCGCCAUUUUGCAAAAUCAUGAGUUUGGACGAUUUGAAACAACAACGCGCCAUUACAAAAAAGAACAUUUCCCGCAUUAAAACUGUGAUCGGCGCCAACGCAAAAGGUGAAGGCAAAUCACUCUCUGCCGCAGAAUUAAAAUGUCGCCUGGGUAUUUUGGACUCAUAUUUUAAACAAAUUUUGUCGGUUCAAAAUAAAAUCGAAAACAUUGACCCAGACGACAAUGGCCGUGCUGACAUCGAGGAUUUGUAUUGCUACAUCAACUCGCAGAUACAACACCAACUGGUUGAGGACGGACAUAACACAACUUUUGCGGAAUCGUCGUUUGCUAUCGCUGUCCCCUCAAACAAGCUGCCACGACUGAAGUUGCCUAGCUUCAAUGGCAAGUACAGUGAGUACAAAAACUUUAUAAAUUCGUUCAAACAAAUCAUCGAUCGUGAACAUGGGCUUUCGAAUAUUGAGAAAUUCAACCAUUUGCUGAACUGUCUCCAUGGUCACGCUCUAGAAACAGUGAAAGCAUUCCAAGUGACGAACGAAAAUUAUCCCAAGGCUUUAGAACGGCUGAAGACACGCUAUGACAAUAGCACCCUCAUAUUUAUGGAAAAUAUUUCCACUCUUUUCGAUCUGCCUGAUGUUUCUAAGCCUAGCUCUGGUCAACUAAGAAGCCUUGUGGAUAAUGUUUCAGCCCUCUACAGUUCACUUCAGUCUCUUGGCUCGCCCACUGAUAUUGUAAAUGCAAUGCUGAUCCAUAUUGUGAUGGGAAAAGUUGAUAGUGACACCAAAAGAAAGUGGAAAGACUCCUUGGACUUUAGCAAACUUCCAACAUGGGAGGAUUGCUCUAAUAUUCUCGAAAGAAGAUGUCAAUACUUGGAAUCAUUGGAUUCAAACACAAUUUCUCGUCGACAAGAUCACCAUUCUGGUAAAUCUAACCAAAAAUUAUCGAAACAUGGUUAUACUUUCUCGUGCUCCAAACGUGUUUGUGCCUUCUGUUCCAAAUCUGAUCAUUAUAUCGCACAAUGUCAACGCUUUAAGGACUUAGAUGUACCAACCCGCUUCGAAAAUGUAAAGAAAUUUGGUCUUUGCAUUAACUGUCUCGCCAAAGGUCAUCAAGUCACCAACUGUCCCUCAUCGUUCAAAUGUAAACACUGUUCUCGCUCACAUCACACAAUGCUCCAUCGUUCGCAAUUGGAUCAAGGUCCAUCCUCUCCUGAACCAACUCCAUCGACAUCUAGAGCAGCUGCAACUGACAUUUCUGCUUCUGUUCACGCCCAUAUGGAAAGUUCAUCGCCUCAUGUUCUUCUCGCCACAGCUAUGGUUUUAGUUCGUGAUAAUUCUGGCUCAUACAAGUUAGGAAGAGCUCUAUUGGAUUCUUGUUCACAACUAAAUUUCGUCACCGAUGAGUUUGCUCAGCGUUUAAACCUACAACGAGUGAAAAAAUCCGUCGAAGUGUCCAGCAUUGGAAAUUCCAGCACGAAAGUCAAGCAUAACUGUUCUACAAACAUAAAAUCUCGCAUUACAGACUUCGAAGUUCCGCUUUCGUUUUGUAUUACGCCGCAUAUUUCCUAUCAACCUGACUCGGAAUUAGACGUUACUUCGUGGAAUCUACCUCCGAACACAGAACUUGCUGAUGACAACUUCUACAAAUCAAGGAAAAUCGACUUGCUCAUUGGUACUGAAACAUUCUUCGAUAUUUUGUCUGUUGGUCAAAUCAAGCUUGGUCCUAAUCUACCCAAACUACAAAAAACUUUGUUUGGUUGGAUUGUCACUGGGAAAUACAAUUCUUCAAGAGAAAACAACUUUGUGUCUUCGUAUUUGCUCUCAACCGAGGAAAAAAUCAACAUGAAUUUAGAACGUCUAUGGAAAAUUGAGGAAAUUGAUGCUGCCUCAACUCAAACUACACCAGAACAAUUAGAAUGUGAAAUAUUCUUCCAAACCACAGUGUCCCGAGAAUCUUCAGCCUCAGGAAUUGGAGCACGCUAUACUGGCAAUCGUUUGGCACAUUCAACAACAACACUUCAAAGAUGACAUUGUUCGAGCUGCAAAGAAGAAAGAUCCUCAAGGCCCGCUAAAGUGUCUCAACCCAUUUCUUGAUUCUUCAACAGGCAUAGAAAUUCUAAAGGUUGGAGGCCGUCUUGAAUUAGCAGACAUUCCUGA